AGGAGGAGGAGGAGGAGUGGAGGUGGUGGAGGUUGAGGUUGAGGAGGGGGGUGUCGGAGAGAAUCCGUUUUAUUCAGACUUAUCGAAAGCUCGUCUUCCUCUCCUCCACCUCCUCCUCUUCCUCCUCCGCCGCCGCGACGCGCUGAACGACGCCGUUACAAAGUAGACGAUGCACUUUUAUUUCCGCAGCGCCGAUUAACGAGCUCUGAGUGACAACCCGAGCUUCACACGGCACCCCGACAACUAAUACAACACUUCAUUAUGAUUUAUUGAAGUUCUGGUGGCGCUCGGCAGCAUUAUUUAUGAUUUUUUUGACUCAGUUUUGGUGUUUGGUUUCGUAAUGUCGAUGCUCUGAAGCGCCGUGUCUGGCUGGAUAAACGACUAGUUAUCUGUCCGAGUUGGACAUUUUGUUUUGUUCAGCGCUUUUGGUCAGUUCGCGGUACAGUACACUAAUACAGUGACUCACAAAUCAAGUGGGCGCCCUGAUAGCUCUCAGGAGGACGUGUUUAUCCUGGAAAUGGAGGAUAUUUUGCUCGUUCAAGUCUUGAAAGUUUAAAUUUUGCGCUGCUUCCCCUCCUCUCCGAAACGCGAGUAUCCCCAGUCGUGGCACUUAACCCGACAAGGCUGCCAGUUUUUCUGCUGUUAUCACAAUAAAAGUCCCCUGGCUGUAAUCUUCCUCCUCUUCAUCCUCAUCCUCAUCAUCCUCUUAAAGCUACACGUGCAGAUUAGAGCGGCGCACGCGCUGCCUAUUGCAAUACAGCUUGUGUGUGGCCAUGGGUGACGAGGCGGUGCGUCAGACGCGCAGUCAGAAGCGGGCUUUAGAGCGGGAGGCUCUGCCAGUGGACUUGGAUGCGAAGAAGGUGAAGCUGGACGGUGGAGACAGGGAUGAUCGGCCCGUGCUGCGUCCCAGGCCCGAGGCCUCGGCACGCAGCUCCAAUAUCCUGAGCACCGGCGAGGUGAAGGCCACCAUUAAAGUGGAGCUGCAGACCAGAGACGAGCCUGUGGACAUGAGCACCACCAAAGGCGAUGUUAAGAAAGAGAAGAGACCUCCAUCACCUGACGAUGUCAUCGUUCUGUCUGAUAACGAGCCAUCCAGCCCACAGAUGAAUGGCGGGAGCCAUUUCAAAGAGCUUGACACAGAUCUGCUCAUGAGGAGCAGUCCUGAAGAGAGAGUUCGCAUUAUAAAGCAACUGAAGGAGGAGCUGAGGCUAGAAGAGGCCAGACUGGUAUUGUUGAAGAAACUUCGACAGAGCCAAAUACACAAGGAAUCCAAUGUACAGAAGCCCUUAGGUUCUGGGUCUGUGGCCACGCCCCCUCCUCUGGUGAGAGGCUCAGUGACCAACAAAGGAAAUCAGCCACAGGUUCUGUCCAGCCGGAGCUCAGCGGGUGUCAUCCCUCCUCCUCUGGUGCGCGGAGGCCAGGUGUCCAAACAUGGCUCGCAAAACUCCCAGAUCAUCAUGCCUCCGCUGGUGAGAGGAGCUCAGCCGAUCUCGGUGACGCCACAGCAGAUAGCGAGUCUGCGGCAGCAGCAACAGCAGUACUCCAGCUCAGGCCCUCCGCCCCUGUUGCUAGCCCCUAGAGCCUCUGUGCCCACUGUUCAGGGCCAGAAAAUCAUCCAGCCCAGCCUCAUUCAUGUGGCCAAUGUGUCUAAUGCCAACCUGCUCGUCAACGUCAGUCCGUCAACCACCAACCUGAAGACAUCCUCCGGGGGCACUCAGAGCAGCGUGGCAAGUGCCAACGAGUCUCCUGCCAGCCGGCAAGCGGCGGCUAAGCUGGCGUUGCGCAAGCAGCUGGAGAAGACUCUGCUGGAGAUUCCUCCUCCCAAACCCCCUGCCCCUGAAUUCAACUUCCUGCCCUCAGCAGCCAAUAAUGAGUUCAUCUACCUGGUGGGCCUGGAGGAGGUUGUGCAGUGCCUGCUGGACGCCCUGGGGAGAGGUAAACAGGGAGGUUCUCAGACUUCUGUUUCCACAGAGCCAUUCACAUGCACUCAGUGUAAGACUGACUUCACCUGCCGCUGGCGUAAGGAGAAGAGUGGUGCCAUCAUGUGUGAGCAGUGCAUGUCCACCAAUCAGAAGAAGGCCCUGAAGGCUGAGCACACCAAUCGACUGAAGGCAGCCUUCGUCAAGGCCCUGCAGCAGGAGCAGGAGAUUGAGCAGAGGAUCCUCCAGCAGGCCUCCUCUCCCAUCUCGCAUUCAUCUUCCUCCUCUUCUUCCUCAUCCUCGAGCCACGUGGUGAAGUCGGAGCAGCAGGUGAUUGUCUCUCAGCAGAUCAAGCAGCGCUCUUCUUCCACGCUCCAGCAGCACAGUCGAUCUAGCCAGCCAAUCAGCCGCCACCAUUCUAUAGCACAGAGUUCUGCUCAGCUGUCCCGCGGUGUUCAGCAGUCAGCAGCGGCCCUACGUGGUGUGUCACACUCCUUCUCUCCAGCCUCUCAGCUCCAGAACGCUGUGGCAGCUGCCGCGCUGGUCAGCAGGCCAGGUAAGCAUGCUGUGCUUCAGGGGUCAAAGGUCAACAGCAGAAGUGCCAGCAGCAGGACCUCUAAGACAGUGACCUCCUCCACCUGGAGGAAGCGGAACAACGCAAUACCAGGUGUGACUGUGGCCUACGUAAACCCCAGCCUGACUGUGCACAAGUCUUCAUCGUCGGCGGUGGAGCGUCAGAGAGAGUACCUGUUAGACAUGAUCCCCUCCAGAUCCAUCUCCCAGACUGCAAACACGUGGAAAUAACCCGACCACGUGUCCCCUUCAGCCGAGCUUUCCUAAUGAUCACAAACCUCAGCCCUCUUCGAGAACCUCACCUGGAAUCCUGGAACAGCUCUAGGAACGGAUCUAGAACCUCCGAGAUUAGUGUGGGAUUAUGGAAGAGCUCUAGAGGCUCCGGAGUCUUGCUUUCAAUCGUGGAACAUAUCUUAAAGAAAACCUUUCGGCUUCUAUUGCAGCAGAUUUUCCUCAAUCACCUGGCUUCUGAUUUUUCCCCUUUUUCAUGUGUGUCUCUUUAAAAAAAUAAAGUUUGAUCAUUGUGCAAGAACAGUGAUGUAUAUUAAAGCAAUAGGCUCUGGAUCCACCAUCACUCUGACCAGUUACUGAAGACGAAUGAAUGAAUGAAAAAAAUUAAACCAAGAAGAAAUUUAAAGGUUAAAGGGCUUCCACUUGUGCUUUGCUGCCAGGUUGUAAAUGUCAGUAGAGGCUGAUAUUUGUAAGCCUUAACAUGACGGCGUUACCCGAGUACUCGGUACUCAUGGAGAUGAUGUGCUGGGAGUCUGUGUACAUCCUGCCUUUUGGAUUCAAGACACAAAGUGAGAGGCUGUGUCUGUUCUCAAUAUGAAUCAUGGAACUUUCAUUUCUUUGGAAGAAAAAAAACAAGUUAAUAGGUUUUCCUUAAAAAGAAAAAAAAAAAAAAAAAAAGACUUUAAAAAAAAUAAAAAAUAAAAAAAAUAAAAGGUAAAUAAAUCUUAAGUUACAACUGAAAGCCAGCAGUGCUACAUGAAGAGCCCUUUUUGGCUAAAGGCAGUUUUUUUGAUUGUAAGUUAUAUAGCUAAUCGAGUCUGAGCUUGUGUCCGGACUUGUCUCUUUAAAGACAUUGUGCUUCAAAAAACUGUUUGGUCUUUUUUUUUUUUUUUUUUCCUCCUUUGCAUUUAGUUUUUUAGGUUUAAGUCAGAGUUUAAUCAUGUCGAGGCUUAUUUCAGUCUCAGUAACACAUGACCUUGAACAAAUGCUUAAUGAUUUCACUGAGGCAACAUGCACUCCCCUUUUUCUUCUCAUAAACAAGUCUGAGGGUGAUUUUUCAUAUGUUACUCCCAUAAAUUUUAUUCAUGUUUUACGGUUCACAAAAUUGAAAAACAAAAAAAUAUCUUUCAUUAUAACUGAACAGUCCUUUACAGAAACAUGUGUGUGAUGGACUGGAGACUUGUGUUUGUGCAUUGAUGUUUAAUUCCAGUCCACUUGAUUUGCGUCCUCGUCUUUAUGGUUUGUGUCACUGUUUCCCCCCAGCUUGAUCUUCACAGUGGUUUCCAGCAGAUUAAGGAACAGCACUUCAUAAUUUUACUGCCCAAACCCUCGAUUGUUACAGAUUGUGAAACUGGUCUGUAUUUAUUAGUAAAAUAAAUCUGUCCCCACAAACAUCACUAAGUGGGCAAAUGGAUUUUAGACAACUUUUCUGUUAGCAGAUAUGACUUUCUUUUUUUAUGUGACUGUUCUACCAUCAGCUCACCCUGUUUCUCUUUGUGUUUUAAAUCAUUGAAGUCUCAUAUUACACUUUAUAUAUCGUCGUCGUCUUUGCCAUUUGUUCGGCACCCUGACACCACAGAUACAUUUCAUCCUCAGUGUGGAUGCUGUACCGUUCAGCUGAUGGAGGCGUCCUCAGCGUCUCUGCUUGAUGAUGUCACACCGCUCUGUUUCGGGGGUUUAAUAGCAGUGCUAGCUGCCUCCGGUUCUGCCGCACUGUACAAACUCAUGUUACGAUUUGUUAGGUUUACUUUUGUUUCCCAGUUUGAGAAGUAAUAAUAAAAGAAUUUUAACCCUUA